CAGGAAAAUAGCUAACUGUUUUUUACUAGUAAAUUUCUGAUUACAACUUUUAAAAAAUAUAUAACACUUAUUGUUUACUUUGAAUUUUCAUAUCAAGGUGACCUAGUAGGGAUUGAACUGAAGUAAACUUAUAAACACAUAAUUUUUUGGAAACGUAAGAACUUGAAUUUGUGAUCUAUCCAAUUGUUUUUUUUUCAAUCAAUCCAACUUAGAAGAGACUCUACUCUCCACUAGUUGUAAUUAAAAAAACAAAAACAAUUAAUAAAAUGAAGAAAUAAAACUUUGUAUAUCUCUCAUAAAGUCGACUAUUUAGACUUUUAGAGGUAAGGACAAUAUCUUCUUUGCUUACAUACCCCACUCUUGUUAUAAAAGACAGUAACCUUUCUUGAGAUCACUCUUUCUUAUUUGUGUGUUAGUGCAUUGAGAGAGAGAGAGAGAGAUAGAAAGAGAAAGAAAUCGUCAUGGCUCAUGUAAGUGAAACUUCUCUAAUCCUCUAUCCUUGUUUCUUCCUGUCGUCUUUAACAUAUAGAUCGUCAAAACCUGCCUAAUAAUGUCUUAUCCUCACAUAACACCUUUUUUUUUAUCUCCAUCUCUCUGUUACUUAGAACCCUCCAUUCAUAUAUACACUAGGUGCCAAAUUUGGUCACGUGUUUGGCCCUUCACGUUCUUGACUCUUAGCUAGAUCCUUGUUUCUUGUGGAUUCUUGAAUCUUAAAUCUUGAAUCCCUGAGUUUUGUUGGUUCUUGAUUUUGAUUCUCGAUUCUUUAGUCAUUGAUUAUUCGAUCUUUGUUGGUUUUUGAUUAGAGAUUUAAUUAGCAUAUUUAUGUACUAAUAAUUGAAUAAAUGGGAACAGGGGAGAUAUGAUACUUACAAGAAGAAAAGUGGACAGAUUCCUCGGUUUGGAGAAUGGGAAGAAGCAAAUGAGAUGCCAAUAACACAAUACUUUGAGAAUCCAAGACAAGCUGGUCUGAUUCGUCACCAAUACACAACAACUUCUUCUGCUUCUUCCACUACCACUUCAUCUUCAUCUUCUUCUUCUUCUUCUGCAGAAGCCUUAAAGCUUGCUUCUCACCAUCCCCGUCCACGUCACCUCCACGCUCAAAGACAGACGGCGGGGACGAAGGAGAAAAGAGGACCACAAAGGCGUGUGCGUGACGUCAGUGCACAGUCGGACAAGUAUUACAUUGACGUCAACGGUGUUAAGCAGUUCAAAAACGACGUUGCUCUGACUUGUAAGCCACCUAAGCCCGUUGAUGAAGAUCUCUACAAGAUUCCUCCUGAGUUUAUCCAUUCUUCAACAAGGAAGAGAAGGCCUAGCUUUUUAGCUUGUUUGGUUCCAUGCGCAUGAAUCGAAAAGGAAGAGCGAAGAAGAAGAAGAAAAAGUAGGAUCAUGAAUGAAUAAUGUAAUUUGUUUUUUGUUUUUGUAAUUUCAUCCUAAUAUACAGAUAUGAUAUAUACGUGGUUUGACAGAAAAAGAGAGCAUACGAGUGGUUUUUGAAAAAGAGUAACAAAGUAAUAUCGUAGUAAACUAGAGUAAUAUAUCCUUUUGUCUUGUUACAUAUCUACUUUAUAAGAUUUUCUCUCAUUUUUUUUUCACGUACGUUCUCAACAUUUUUUUUUGUGUUUUGUAAGAGAGUUUUAAAGAAGGCUUGUACAUCUUUAAUUUCAUAAUCACAGAUUUAGUAAAAGAAAACACUUACAAAGACUAACUAUCCCAAUUUUAUUCUUCUCUUUUAUGACUUACUAGUUCAUCAAUUUACUAAAGUCACAAAUAGAUGUGUAGUAUAGCUUGAGUAUAAUUAUGAUUU